CUCCCCCUCUCCACCCCCCACCCCAAGCAGCUUCGGCAAUAGCGGCAGCUGCUGUCUGCGCGGCGGGUCCGUCGUCCUCCCUCAGCCGCCCGCCAUGGCUCGCGCGGGGGCCUCCUCCUCCUCCCCACCACCCCCACUGCCUCCCUUGCCUCUGACUAGGGAAGCGGCAGAAGGGGCCGAGGAGGGGGGAGAGGAGGAGGAGGAGGAAGAAGACGAAGAGGAGGAAGACCCCCCGCCCCGGGCUCUCGUGCCACGCUCCUCCCCGGUGCCGAGGCCCCAGCACCCCACCACCCGUGGAGGCAGCAGCUCUUCCUCAGACGACGACGACGCGGGGGAGGAAAAAGAGCGGCAGCACCAGCACCCUUGCUUGACAAGGCCACUCUCCCAGCAUCCUCCAGGCCUGGCUGGGCCACUUUCCCAGCAUGCACUGCAGGAUAGUCAAGGGCUGCCCUCCCAGCAUGUUCAAGGGCAGCCGGGGCUGUUCGCUCAGCAUGCAUCUGCUGUUGACACCACAGUGGAGGAACCCUCUCAGCAUGCCGCAGGCCGGCAUGUGCUGUUCGCCGAUGCCUUGGGCCUGCCCUUGGCACGCUGGCGGCGCUACCAGCCUUGGCCACCACCUUCGCCUGAGUCUCCCCCUGAGGUGAUGCCCCCUUUGGCCUCUCCCCCACCCUCCACAGCAGCCUGCUACCUUCUGCCAUCCUUUGUGUUGCAGCCAAUGGGUCAAGGUGAGGAUGAGAAGCUUGAACGCCUGCGCCAGGCCAAGGUGGAACUGGAAGAGGUGCUGCCACCAGAGCCAGGAGAGCCACGAGUGUUGCGAGGCACUGUGCGCGUGCUUAACAUUUCUUAUCACAAGGCAGUACAUGUGCGGGCCAGCCGAGACCGGUGGCAGAGUCACCGGGACUACCCUGCCCUCUACAUUCCAGGGGGUUCACCAGAUGGGGGUUUGACUGACCGCUUUGCCUUUCGACUGGACUUUGGUGAUGAGGAUGAGGAAGAUGAGGAGGGAGGAGGAGCCCGACUUGAUUUUGUGGUGAGGUAUCAGACUGAUGAAGGUGUCUAUUGGGCCAACAACCAGGGCAGGAAUUACAGCGUGGUACUAAAGGGGGCGGCACCUUCCCAGGGUCUGCCUAAGAAGUCUGGAAAAGAAGGUGAAUCACGCCGGCUCAAGAGCUGCAUGAGGCCAAUCAAAAUCAGGUCAGGUGAGAAUGAGAUGCAUGUAGAGGACAUAGUUCAGCCGGUCUGUACUGAAGAAUGGAACCCUGAAAGAGAUCUGGCCCGUGAAUCUUCAAACCUUCCUAGAGUACAGCCCCCACCUUAUAUGAUUCCAGAGCUCAUGGUCACAGCCAACUCCCCAGAAAAGAAGGAACCUUCUAAAGACCAUCCUAUAGAUUUCACUGACUCCCCACAGGCUUUUACUUUCAAGGUCCACCCUACUUGCCAUGAAGAGCUGAAAGUCCCAUGGGGCUUGGUGCUGGGAUCAGAAACCCAUCCUUUGGGUCAGUGGGAUUUUCCUGACUUCGGCAGGUGUGACCUCACCACAGAGGGCUCUUUCAUGGAAGAGUGCAGGGAGGAACAACUGAGAAGAUACCAAGAGCUGCCCUACCGCUUGGAGGAAGAUGGCAUAGACCGGGAGCUGGAGCAACUUUAUUUGUCCCAUUUGAGCCGGCUUCGAGCAGAAGAGCUUGGAGGAAGAGGAGAGUGGGCUGAGGAGGGCUCAGGCAACCCCAGCAGUCCUGCACCCUCUCUCAUUGCCUUGCGACAGAGUGUCUUGACUGACCGUGACCUGAUAGUCAACUGGACAGGCCCUGAGAGAGCACUGAACAGCUCCUUGGCAGAGGAGAUCACACUGCACUAUGCCAAGCAGCGGGGUGAUGAUGCCAGAGACAGUGAGGAGGAAGGAUUCACACCUGGGUAUGCAACCCUGACACCACCUGAGCUGGUGGGACCAGGCCGUGAGAGCCCACCAGUCUUACUAGAAGGCUGCUUUCGAAAUCACCUGGAAGAGGGGAGUAUCCAGCAGAGCCCAGCUAAGGACUCUGAGUCUCUUGUCAGCUUGAGAGUGGUGUCACCCAACACCUUAUGGCCUCCCGCUCAGGAUGCCAUGGUGAUGCCCUUGGUAGUCCCAGCCCGGACUCUAGUGCCCCUACCAAAGUGGCCCACAGAUCUCCCAUCCAGCCCUCUUGCUGCCCAUGGACAGAACAAGAGCCAGGGCUUCUUGAUAGGCCAAGGCAGCCUCUGGCUUGGUGAGGGGCUUCAUGUCCACAAACCUGCUGAAACCAAUCCCAGCUCUCAUGGCGAACUUGAAAAGAUCUUGACCCGUUCCCUGCGGUUCCUCAGCCUCUUUGUCUUCCUGCCUGUGGUCUUCAGUAGUUGCAUGCCUCUGGUGGCUGUUACGCUUUACCUCCUCCUGGAUUGGUUCUCAUAGUUUGACAUUCCCUCUCAAACAUGUUGAAAGGCCCAAAGGAAGACCUUCUGUAGCUUGGCUCCAUCUGUUUCUCCCAAACAACCAUGGUUUGUAUAUGAGAAACAGGGAGGGUGGUGGAGAGAGAUAGAAGUCAAACUCUCUUGAGAGAUCAUGGCAUGUCUAUGUUACAGCUGCUCAAGAUUUUCAAAAGUUCAGUGCACUUUUCUUUUUUUGAAAUCAUCUGUUAAAAGAGAUGAAUGAUUGAGAGAACAUUGCGUUAUUUAUGGCCACCCAUAAGAAAAUGGCUAGGUUUGGCUAUAAGGACAGCAAGAGUCAGCCUUUGCCAGCUGCUCCCAGAAGUUGUAAAGGUCCUGAUUGUGCUCCCAUUCUCACAUUACAUGGAGCACCCAAGGCAGUGCUAGAAAAUCCUUGGGUGGCCUGUCCCACUUGAAAAUUAGGAGAGCCAACUGAUGCCUCACCCAAGGGAGCCAACACUAUGUGACUUGCUUCUCCGUUUUGGUAGGAAGCAUUUCCAGUGGCAAAACUUCUUGGGUCAGUCACUGACUCUCAACCCAGCUGACCCUACAAAGUUAUUGUGAGGAUAAAAAUGGAGACGAGGAGAAUUAGGCUGCCUUGGGUUCCUUGCAGGAAAAAGGAAAGAGAUAAAUAUAAUAAGUAACUAAAUAAAGAAGCAUUCUUAGGUGCAAAUAUGUCACAUUAACAAGUUUCUGGUUUAAGAUUGAGUCAAAAUGUUCCUAAAGUCAUCACAUUUUAUUAUUAUUAAUUAAAGGGAGAAAUUAUACAGGUAGACCUGUAUACUUGAUAUGCACUAUUAACAGGGUUUGACCUGUUACAUGCUAAGUAAAAAAGCAAGAAUGUUUUAAAAGGGAUAAUGUGAAUUAUUAGUAUUAGUAUUCAAACACAAUUAUUGGAAAAUGUUAACUAAUGAAUCAAACAUUCAUUUUUUUAAAUGUAAUUUAACCCGUGUGAGAAUGGUGAAAAAGACUUCUUAAAGUCAAAAGAUUUUUGUGAGUUCUGUGUAUGCUCUGCUGAAGAAAAAAUAGUGCAGAUUUAGUAACUAGAUUCCUGGGAAGGCUGAAUCUUUGGAGAGCCAUUGGUUAAUGCUCUCAUGAAGCCCUAUCCUGCUAAAUGUGUGUGACAAAGCAGACAGUUGAAUGGAGCAGGAGCACCCUAGUCAGUCAGCUCAGUUUCUUUCUGAUCCUGUUAUUUUCAAUGGCUAUUAGAAGGAAAAUGAAACACACAUAAUAAAAACCAAAAAAUCUAGCGAAACUAAAAUUAUUCCACUCCUGCUUAAUCUUGUAGCAUAGAGGAAGUUUGCACAGCUCUUCCAGAAAUUGUCAGGCUCAGAUUUUGACACUCACUGGCUCAUGGGGUAGCCAGUAUUUGCACUACCAGUUAUUUGUGUUUUCAUCUUGAAAAUAACAGAAAAAUGUCUGAGCCAACCUCUACCAUUUUAUUACUGAGAGACAGGAAAGUUGUAAUUUGUUUUCAUAGGGCACAAUCCAUCAGGAUUUUCUCCUGUGCAAGCCCCAAUAAAAUUAAGUAGAGCUGUGCAAGUACAUACUCCUUCUUUUGUACAGCUUGUAUUCAUUUUACUGGGGUUUUACAGAUGAACAGCCCACUGGAUGGCACCCUCAUUUCCCUUCAUUUCAUUUUAUUUCAUUGAAGCAGGCAGAGAGAAAGAUGCUUUCCAUUCCAAAGAUGUUGACAUUAUCAAUCUUCUGUCCAUCAAGCUUCUGAAAAAUUGAGCUGCUACCAUUCCAGAUGAUCUCAAAGGUGGUGCAACUAAGUUCCAUUUGUGCUACAGUCCUGAGCCAAGCCACACCGCAGCUUCUUAGCAAGAGCCUUCAAACUGCUGAUGCCAGCUCUGCUGUAAGGACCCCUUUUCUGCUUAUGGAUCCACGUACGCUUCUUUGCCACCAGCAGGGUCCAACAUAGAGGACUACAGGAAAGCUCCCCCAAACAGAUGGUCCUGUAUUUAUUUUUGUACUUGGUGGGAAGGCCUGACCUUUUCUACCAUAGAACUCACCCCAAGAUAGAGAGAUUUUAUUUAUUAACCACUAGCAGUACAAACCUAGACUGAUGGGUUUGCAGAAGGUGAAAAUAAUUUAUUAUUAUAUUUCCAUGUAUGUUGCCUGCAGCAAAACGGUAAAUUGGAAACAUCUUGCCUUCAUGUGCAAUAGGAUGAACUGGUAUUUGAACAAGCUGUGAAAGGACAAGCCACCUCUGUGCUGCAAAACAUGCUACAUUACUUCCUCUUGAAUGUUGUGCUGUUAACAGCUGCUGUGAUAUAGUUUGUGAGGCCUUGUGGAGGAAGCGGGGGAUAUUUGUUGGUUCUGAGGCCAUUUCCCUCCACUGAUCCAGACUUGGCCCUGCUUUCCCCAUCAAUGGCAAAUGCUUUUACCUAGGGAAUGUAGGUAUUUUUGGAAGAUGGAAUGUUGCUUGUGCUUAAUGAAUGGAGAUCGGAGUCCAGUCUUGCUUUCACAGUACCCAGUGGAAAAAUCUGUAAACACCAAGAAUUUGAGAUCAGAAUGUAACUAGCAGUCACAGCCA